UAUACUUAUAGUCUUAUCACGUUCUUGCUUAUUGUAUUGCAUGCUUAAAUGAACCAAUCAGACCAUAGAAAAUUUAAAUUUAAAUGAGUGUUGAAGUUGAAGCAGUCAUCAUUUCAAAUGGCAGUUGCGAUGUGCAGAGCGAUAUGUGGAGACGUAAAAAAUUAAUUAAAGACGAAGUAGUCACACAAAAACAUUCCUUUCAAAAUUUCUAUACUACUUCGUCCAACAUAUUGAUAAAGAAAAAUGUUAAGCGAUGUUAAGGUGGGAAUCAAAUUGAGGCCUUUGAUUCAACAAGAACAAGAUGAAAAUUUAUCAAUGCAAUGGAUUGUAAAAGAAAAUUCGAUUGUUUCAUUAGAUCAAGAAACAAAUAAGUGGAGGGAUAAUGAAUUUCAGUUUGAUUAUAGCUUUGAUAUAAAUACAAGAAAUUCGAAAGUAUUUGAUAGUAUUAUAAAAUCUAUUGUUGAUGCUACUAUAGAUGGUUACAAUGGAACAAUAUUUUUUUAUGGUCAGUUUCAUUCUGGUAAAACAUACACAGUGACAGGCACUUCAGAAGAUCCAGGCAUAAUACCACUUACUGCUGAAUACAUAUUUAAUGCUAUUUCAAAUAUCAUUCAAUGUGAAUUUUUAUUAAGGGUAUCUUAUUUAGAAAUUCGCGAUGAGAAAAUAAAUGACUUAUUAGAUAAGAAUCAAAUUGAUUUAGAAUUAUAUAAAGAUAACAACGGACAAAUAAUUGUUAAAUGUACAGAAAAAAUUACAAAUUCUUCAGAUGAUAUGUUAUCUAUAAUGAAAGAAGGAAUUAAGAAUAAACAUAUUAGUAGUCAUAGCAUAUUUCAAAUUAUAAUUGAAAGUCAACAAAUUGAAGGAGAUUCAAACAAUACUGUACAAUUAUCACAGUUAAAUUUGGUAGAUCUUGCUGGUUUUACAAAAGUUCAUUGUACAAAAGGUAUUGAAGAACAUCAAACUGAUAUAUCUCUUUUUACUCUAGAAUCAAUAAUUACACAAAUAAGUAAGUCACAAAAUGCCCAAGAACAUAUUGGUUAUCAUAAUAGUAAAUUAACAGAAUUACUGCAGGCAUCAUUAAGUGGCAAUGCUUUAAUAGCUGUAAUAUGUACAGUAACACCUGUUGCUUUAGAGGAAACAUAUUACACUCUAUUGUUUGGAUCACAUAUUAAAAAUAUUAAAACUAAACCACAAAGAAACAAAGUUAUGUCUGAUGCAUCGCUUCUUCAUUAUGCAAAACAAGUGAAAUUAGAGCAAAUAAGAAAUGGAAACUCAUCUAUAGAAGUAGAAGAAGUAGAAUCUAACAAACUACAACAGAAAUGUCACUUGUUAGAGGAACAUAUAAAAUUAUUAAAGACUCAAACUAUUUCUGGAUAUGAAAAAAAUUGUGAAAGAGCACUUAACUAUAAGUCUAAAAGAAGAGAAAUUUGGUGUAAUCCUGGAAUGAUCAAACCGUAUUUCCCUGUAUUUCAUACUCAAACUUGCUUACCAACAAUAAAAGAAAUUUCACCUGAGAAACUACAUAAAAAAAACAUUAUGCAAUCAGUUGACAUAAAUGAAACAUUUCAGACAGAUCUUGAAUCAGAAGCAAUUGAUUAUGAAGUAGACUAUGAAAUCAAAGUGAAUAAUAAUAUUGGAAAUAAACAUGUUAAAUGUAUGAAAAGUGAUAAUUUAUUUCUAAUGCCAGAAACACAGGAUACUUUGAUACAAACUUCUAGAAAUCAAAUAUUUCCUUCUACACCAAAAAGUAUUUUACGAGAAUGUAUCGUGGACUUGACAACGCAACUUACUGAACUUCGUGAAUUCACAACUUUAGAGAAACAACUUACGUGUGAGGGAAACCAUUGUUGCAAAUAUAACAUAGGACAACAAGCGGAAAUACAGUUUGUUUGUGAUGGUUUUAAAAGUAACAGAAUUGAUAAAUAUUCUCCAAAUUAUGUAAUACAAUUAGAAGAAGAGAAAGAUAAAUUAGCAGUAGAGGUAAAGUUAAAAAGUCAAGAAUUGGCCGAAAUAAAGGAUGAUGUUCGAAGCCUUAAAUUAGAUAUAGAAAAAUUUGAAAAAACUAUUUAUUUAUUAACAAAUGAAAAUAUGGAAAUGUCAAAUAAAUUGUCCGUUGAAAACGAACGUUCGAAAGAAACUGAAUUAAAUUUUCAAACAACAAUUACUGAGCUUUACACACAGAUUUCGAAAAUUACGGAAGAAAAGAUUAAUUUAGAAGGCGAUAUAACAGUCUUAAAUGAACAAUUAGAAUCAUUUCGCUCAAAAGCCGUAGGAGAAUACAAUAAUGAGCAAUUACUAAUUGAACAUCAGAAUAAAAUUGAUGCAUUGAAAACAGAAAAUAUUGAAUUAUCAACUAUUAUUGCAGAUAAAAAUAAGGAACUUGAAAAUGUUAAAGAAAGUAAAUCGCUAUUAUAUGACCAUGAAUGUAUUUAUAAGGAUAAAGUCACAUUAUUGACUGAAAAAAAUAAAUGUUUAAUGCAAGAAAAUAAUGAACUUUCCUCUGAUUUAAUGGAUAAAAUUGAGGAAAGUGAUAUAUUGAAAGAACAGUGUGAUAUUUUGAAUAAUAAAAUGAUUUUAAUAAAAAACGUAGAUUCCAAAAACGACAUAGAAGAAUUAAGAUUGGAAAACAAUAUUUUAAAAGCCAAGAUAGCAGAAUUAAAAAUGAAAAUAACAAUAUUAACUAAUGAAAAUGCAAAAAUUUCCAAUAAUCUAUUAGAAAGUAUGGAGGAUUUUGAUAACCCAUGCAAUAAAAAGGUAAAUAGCAAUUCAUUGCAUUCAUCUAUAGUACCUGAUAAUCCUGAAAAGUCAAAUGAGACUAUGGAGAAAAUAUUACAAGGAGAAAGUUACGAGGAACUGUCAAAUAAGGUCAUAGUAUUACAGGACAAAGUUACUCAUUUAUCUCGUUUAAAUAAAAAAUUAAGUGAUUUAAAAUUAUCAUCCUGUGGUCAAUGUGAACAUUUAAAAAAGAUAAGUGAGAGUCGUAGAGCUUUUAAACUUGAAGCAAAAAUUUUAAAUCACAAAUUGGAAGACUUACAAAAAAGGUUCAAUCAGAAAUGUGAGGAUACUGAAGCAUUAAAACUUAAGGUUAAUCAAGAGUUGAAUAUAAGUUUUACUGAUACACCCUUGAACACUAGUUUUGUAGAUAGAAUGAAUGUAAGCUUUGUAGAGGAGAAGGUUCAACACUUAAAUAACGAAUUACGUACUUUGAAGCAUGACCACGAUGAACUUUCAGUUUCAUAUAUAAAAAAAUGUGACGAACUUGAAAAGCUUCAUAAUGAAACGAAAAUCGAGCACCUUCAAAAUAAUAUUGAACAAGUGAAAGAAGAUAUAGAUGAAAUAAAAAAAAAUAGUGCACAUUUUGUUUCUAUGCUUAGUAAAUUUAGGACGCAAAAAGGAAACUUAUUAGACCAAAUCAAUACACUAAGAAGCGAUAAUGAAGCGUUACAACAAAAAGUAGCAGAAAAAGAGAUAUUAACAACUACAGCUACAGAGAAAGCUCAAAUUCUUGAGAAUGAAUUAUCAUGUAUGAAUAAAGAACUCGAACAGUUUUUUGUGAAAGAAAAACUAAUGCAGACUGAAAAAAUGACACUAGAAAUACAAUUAGAAGGUUUAAAGGUUGAAAAUGAAAAUAAAGGUAAUCUUAUUACUAAAUUAAAUAGAACGACUGGUGAUUUGAAUGGAUGUAUAUUAUCACUGAAACAUGAAUUAGAUUUAACAACAAACCAAAAAAAGGAAUUAACUAUAUUAAUUGAAAAUAUUAAAUGUAAAUAUAAAAAUGAAUUAGAACUUCUAAAAAGGCAAUGUGAUAAAUUAGAACAAGAAAAGCAAAAAGGUAUAGAAACAGAAAAACAUGUAACACUGCGAGUAAAUGAAUUAGAGUCAUAUAUAGGAGAACUUAAAAUAGAUUUGGAAAAACAAAAAAACUUACAUUGUGAGUUAAAUACUAUCAAGGAACGUAUGAUCAAAGAAUUAAAAUCAUUUAAAUUGAAUUCUUUAGAUUUUUUAAAUAAAACUGCAGACGAAAUUUUCAUCAUUUUUUUGCAAACGAUCAUGUUGAAAGAAGAAGAAGUAAUUAAAGAAAUAAGAGAAUUACUCGAAAAAGAUAAACUAAAAUUAGAGGAUGAAAAGCGGCAAAGUGCAGAUGCUGAAAAGCGCGCAGUGUUGUGGGCUAAAGAAUUGGAAAUAGAAAAUGAAAAAUUACACAUUGAUUUAACAAAAACGGAGUGUUUAUGUAUAAAAAAGCAAGAUGAAAUUAACCAAUUAAAACACCUUAUAAAAGAAAGUAAUCAUGAAAAGGAGAUACUUAAAGAAAAAAUGGAAGUGCUAGAAACUGAUUUCAAUAAUUUACAAAGCGAAUUUGACAAACAAUGCAAAGUAGAUAUUCAACAGAAAGGACAAGCAUCUAUUGUUGCACAAAAACGAGAAAAACAAGUACAAGAAGCUCUUAAAUACAAAGAAAUUGAACUUCAGUCUAAUAUGAAAUCUGAAAAGGAACGGUAUGAAAAGAAAAUAAAAGAGUUAGUUUGCACUAUAGAAAUCCAUAAAACAAAAAACCUAGAAUUGAAAAACAAUAUUGAAGGGCUUGAAGCCAAUGAAAAACAGUUGAAAAAUAUUAUAGAAGCAAAUUCCUCAGAACUGAAAGUAACCAAUCAAACUAUUUAUAAAAUGGCACUUGAGUUUGAACAUCUCACAGAAGCUUAUAAUGAAUUAAACCACGAUGUAAAAGAAAAAGCGUCUCGAAUUGAAAACAUCACAGCACUUUUGAAAAACAAAUGUGACAUGCUAUCCGAAUAUAAAACUAAAUUCGAAACUAUUAUACCAGAUUAUGAAAUACUACAAAAUCAAAUUAAAGAAAGAAAAGAAAGCAUAGAACGAUAUAAAGAAGAAAUAGAAAGAUUGAAAAUGGAAAAGGAAAAACAAAUUGAAGAAAUCAAAGAUAAAUUAAAUUCAGAAGAAAUAAAAAAUACCGGAUUAAAUAAACAAUUAAACGAAUUAAAUAGCAAAAAUAUUGCUUUGAUAGAAGAAUUAGAUAACUUAAAAGAAGUACGUGAACAAUUGCAACAAGUAAAUGCGAAAUUGGAAAGAAAAAUUAGAAAUAGUACAAGUAAAAUAAAAGCUGAAGCAGACAUGGAAGAAUUAAAAGAUGUAAAUAAAAGGUUGCAAAAUAACUUGGAAGGUGCAAGUAACCGUAUAAUUGAACUGCAGGAAAGCAAAAAUAAAACUUUCAAAGAAUUAGUUAAUUUAAAAAAUCAAUAUGAAUUACUGACCCAAGAAAACGCUGAACUAAAGAAAACUUUAUUAUUACACAAAUCCAGAGAAAAUACUUUAUAUUUAUUUGCAGAAGAUAGUAAAUAUGAUACACUUCUUCAAGAAAAGAAUAAAAUUGCACUACAAUUAGAAGAUAAAAAAUUAUUAUUGUCGCGAAAAGAUAAAGAGAUUGUAGCAUAUGUAAGUCAAAUCAAUGAUUUGAUUAUUAAAAAAAAAGAACUUGAUAAUCAAUUAAAAGAUAAAAUGUACAUUCAGCAAGCUGAAAAUAAAUUGGUUAAUGAAUUAACGAAAAAGUUAACAACUUUAGAAGAAGAAAAUAAAGAAAUGAAAGAUCAACUUAAAACGUUUAAAACAGUGACACAAACUAACAUAAAACAGGUAGGAGAUACAAAGUUAGACAAUGAAAAAUUUAUUGAUACUCUGAAAAAAAGGAAUUCGGAAUUACAAAUUAAAUUUAAUGAGUAUCAAACUGAAUUGGAACUAAAAAGCAGCAGUGGCGAUUCAAGAUCUACUAGUCCAGCUUUUGAAAACAACAGAAGAAGACAUAGUAGGAAUGAGAUAUUUAAUCAAAGAAGACAAUUGGAAGAUGUAAUAAUUGAUACAGAUCCCAAUGAAGAUAGACAAACAUGUCAAGUAUUAAGAAAAAAAAUUCAUGAGUUAGAAUUGCAACUAGUAACAAAACAUGGACAAAUUUCAGCAUUAGAAAUCCAAAUCCAGAGUGAAAAUUUUCCUUAUCUACAAAAAUGUAAGGAAUUGCAGGAACUUCUGCUCACAUCUCGCAAAAAGAAUGCUGAACUUAGUUCUGAGAUAAGAAAACUUCAAAGGACUCUAAACGACAUUAACGCGUGGGAAUGUGACAUAUGUAGACGAUGGCGAAUUAAUAGAAGAGAACAAGCAUGUCAAACAUUUAAUAAUGCGCAACAACUUUUUACGAUAAAUAACGAAAUAAUUAAGGAUGAUACAAAAAUAACGAAAUUGGAAAAAGAGAAAGCAAUAAUAAAAGAUGUAUGUCGUGCACGAUGCCGACAAAUAAGAGAAUUGGAGGAUAAAGUAAGAGAAUUAGAAGAAGCACAGACAUCACAUUUAAAGUGCAUUGAAUUUUUGAAAGAAAGAUCUAAUCAACAACAUACUUCCAUGAGCAAUGAAAGAAAAAGUUUCAGCCAAUGUGUUAAAGCUUGCAAAGUCUUCAAGUUAUAGAAGAAGCAUAUGGAACUCUAAUUAAUAAAAAUAUCUUCCAAAAAUUAUAGCCUAUAAUAUCGUUAAAAAUAUAUGUAGGAAGGCUAUCACUAUUCAAGUAUUACAUUCAUUCCUACUUUGUUAAGUUAAUGUAAAUAGUAACAAUAUUAAAGUAUCUGCAUUUCUAAGAUAUUA